GCGGGAGCAGACGGCGGCGGCCGCGGAACGCGCACCAUGGCUCGGGGCUCGCUGUGCCGGCUGCUGCGGCUCCUCGUGCUGGGGCUCGGGCUGGCGCUGGUGGGCGCGGCGGCCGGGGAGCGGGCGCCAGGCACCGCCCCCUGCUCUCGCGGCAGCUCCUGGAGCGCGGACCUCGACAAGUGCAUGGACUGCGCGUCGUGUCCCGCGCGGCCGCACAGCGACUUCUGUCUGGGCUGCGCGGCGGCCCCCCCGGCCCACUUCCGGCUGCUGUGGCCCAUCCUGGGGGGAGCCCUGAGCCUGGUGCUGGUGCUGGGGCUGCUUUCGGGCUUCCUGGUCUGGAGACGGUGCCGCAGGAGAGAGAAGUUCACUACCCCCAUCGAGGAGACCGGCGGGGAGGGCUGCCCCGGCGUGGCGUUGAUCCAGUGAUGGCAAGACCCCUGCCGGCCGGGGCCACGCCCACUCACCACUCAUUCAUUCUGGAGCCAGCCCCCACCAGCCGCCCAGACACAGCCCGUGCCCAGCCCCGCCAGUGGGGGAGGGGGCAGGCAGGUUGUGGGGAUGUGUCACCUCUCCGGGGCCUGAGGCCAGGGUUCAGGGGAUCCUUUUGAGGUGUUGACUGCUUUGUCUCUGGCUCCAGGACAGAAAAGAAGCCCCAUCCUGGCUUACCCAAAACAGCUGACACUAAGGAACUGCAGCAUUUGCACAUGGGGGGGCUCCCCCAUCCCGAUGCCCUGAGAGGCCUGGCUGACUUGAGGGUCACACACAACACUAGGCCCAUCCUACCCAGAUGUACUGAAACUCCACCACGGGGUCUCAGCCUGGGGGCUUAGGGAUCUGUUUUUUAAUGCUAGGGGCUGGCCCUCUAGGGGGACCCCUACCAGCCCCCAAAAAAGGGGAGAUAUUUAUUUUGGGGAGAAAGUGGGAGGAGGAGACGGUAAAAUUUAUUAAUAAAAGAACCUUUAACUUUAAA